UGUUACUGUAGAUGUAAAUGUUAAUGUUGUUGCUGAGUUUUAAUGAUAAGGCCUCCUUUUCUUUUUUCAUCUACAGGAGAUCAUUGUGCGAAUGAGUGAGUGAUGCAGGUUUCGUUUCUCCAGGGCAGUAUGGGUGUGUAUCCCCUGCUCCUGCUACUCCAUGUGGCCUUUGUGGCCCUCAGCACGGCCCAGACACUCCCUGACCCUUCAGGUGCAGUCCUGACCAUCAAACCUACACACUCUCCUCCCACAUCACCCUCUGUAGUCACCCAGACACCCCCGUCAUCCACCCCAUCUACGGGACCGUCCCCUGAAAUUGUUGUAACUACAGGACUCAAUGACUCUGUAGGCGUGGUGACCCCAGAGGUUCCCACAGCCCCUCCUGUUGUCACCCCUCCGAUUCUGCCCGUCCCUACCAAGGCACCAGCCGCCCCCCCAACCCCAUCUGCUGAAUCCCCAUCCCUCACCACCCUUAAAACUGGAGUUUUGGCAACAACAGAGCCCCCUACACCUGAUCCAACACCCACUCAAUCCACUUCAGAGCCUGAGACAGACACCCCGUCUGCCCCUGCAGAUGCCACCACAGCUGACUUCAGCAAGCCUCCAGAUGAUGGUGGGCAAGAUGACACAGCUAUCAUGGCAGUGAUGGUUGCCCUGUCCUCUCUGCUGGUCAUUGUCUUCAUCAUCAUCGUCCUGUAUAUGCUCAGGUUUAAGAAGUACAAGCAGGCAGGGAGCCACUCCAAUUCCUUCCGCCUGACCAAUGGCAGAGCUGAUGACACAGAACUUCAGAGUGUGCCGCUAUUGGCCCGCUCUCCUAGUACCAACAGGAAGUACCCGCCCCUUCCUGUCGACAAGCUGGAGGAGGAAAUGAACCGCCGAAUGGCCGAUGACAAUAAACUCUUCCGGGAAGAAUUCAACGCGUUGCCUGUAUGUCCCAUUCAGGCCUCAUGUGAUGCUGCCUCGAAGGAGGAGAAUAAGGAGAAGAACAGAUAUGUCAACAUCCUGCCCUAUGAUCAUUCUAGGGUGCAUUUGACUUCUCUGGAGGGAGUUCCUGACUCAGACUACAUCAACGCUUCCUACAUAAAUGGAUACCAGGAGAAAAACAAAUUUAUUGCUGCACAAGGACCAAAGGAGGAAACGGUCAAUGACUUCUGGAGGAUGAUCUGGGAACAGAACACUGCCACCAUCGUCAUGGUAACCAAUCUGAAAGAGAGGAAAGAGUGUAAAUGUGCUCAGUACUGGCCCGACCAGGGAUGCUGGACCUACGGAAAUAUCCGCGUGUCAGUGGAGGACAUGAUGGUUCUGGUUGACUAUACCAUCCGCAAGUUCUGCAUUCAGCAGGUGGGUGAUGUGUCUGGUAAGAAGCCUCAGAGGCUGGUUACACAGUUUCACUUCACCAGCUGGCCUGAUUUCGGGGUUCCUUUCACUCCCAUUGGCAUGCUGAAGUUCCUUAAGAAGGUCAAGAACUGCAACCCACAGUACGCUGGACCCAUAGUGGUUCACUGCAGUGCGGGUGUUGGCAGGACAGGGACCUUCAUUGUGAUAGAUGCUAUGCUGGACAUGAUGGGGGCAGAGAGAAAGGUCGACGUCUUCGGAUUUGUCACACGGAUCAGAGCCCAGCGCUGUCAGAUGGUCCAGACUGAUAUGCAGUAUGUGUUUAUAUUCCAAGCUUUGCUAGAGCACUACCUGUACGGGGACACAGAGUUAGAAGUGACGUCUCUGGAGUCUCACCUGAAUAAGCUGUACGCUCCUUUACCUGGAGCCGGCUGUGGAGGAAUGGAGGCAGAGUUUAAGAAACUUACCUCCAUUAAAAUCCAGAAUGACAAGAUGAGAACGGGGAACUUGCCUGCCAACAUGAAGAAAAACCGUGUUUUGCAAAUCAUUCCAUAUGAGUUUAACAGAGUGAUCAUCCCUGUAAAACGAGGGGAGGAGAACACAGACUACAUCAACGCCUCUUUUAUAGAUGGUUAUAGGCAAAAGGACUCGUACAUGGCAUGUCAGGGGCCACUGCAGCACACUAUUGAAGACUUCUGGAGAAUGAUCUGGGAGUGGAGAAGCUGCUCUAUCGUUAUGCUGACCGAGCUGGAGGAGAGAGGACAGGAGAAGUGUGCUCAGUAUUGGUCUAGUGACGGUGUGAUGGUUUGUGGAGACAUGUCCAUUGAGUUGAAGAGGGAGGAGGAAAGUGAAAGCUACACGGUUAGGGACCUUCUCGUCACCAAUAACAGAGAAAAUAAGGCUCGUGCUGUGAGGCAGUUUCAUUUCCAUGGCUGGCCAGAGGUGGGCAUCCCGUCUGACGGGAAGGGUAUGAUCAACAUCAUCGCUGCAGUUCAGAAACAGCAGCAGCAGUCUGGAAACCACCCAAUCACUGUGCACUGCAGUGCCGGAGCAGGGCGCACAGGGACAUUCUGUGCUCUGAGCACAGUCCUGGAGCGGGUGAAGGCGGAGGGCAUUCUGGACGUUUUUCAGACGGUGAAGAGUCUAAGACUACAGAGACCGCACAUGGUGCAGACACUGGAGCAGUACGAGUUCUGCUACAAAGUGGUCCAGGAAUACAUUGAUGCCUUCUCUGACUACGCCAACUUCAAGUAAAGCCACACCCACCUGCAGAAGAUCGGACAGACUUUCCCAGUCAUGCACUCACGUCCACGCUUUCACAAAAACACAGCUAAACGAGACGGACUGCCAAUGCAAAGCAAAAGGGAGUAAAAAUCUUUUGGCUGGCAAGCAUGAAAACACAUUGGUGCUGAAGAUGGAAAGAAAACAAACAAAGAAAACACCAUUAGAGAUGCCUUCUUGAAUAUUUUGUAAUAUUGCUCUUGUUAAUAAGGGCCUUACCCAUUUCUCUCAGUGUAAAUAUGCUCUUGUAUUUUUUUUCAUUUGUUUGGUUUUAGAAGCCAUUCUGUUGCGGUUUUUAGAGUGACCUUAAUAUAGUUUACUGGUAUAUAAAUGCAUACAUGAAUGGCGCUAUAGAGACAGAGCAGUAGCAAGAUAAGGGUGCUUUUCACUGGGUGUUUUAACAAGAACUUCCUUCUUUCUUUGCAGUUGAGUGACUGAAACCUAUUUGAAUGGGAGCUCAAUCCCACUAUGCUGUUGCCUAUAGCUACAUAAUGCACAACGCGGCCAAAAUCAACCAACCGUGGCGCAUCAGCGACUGUAAACGCGUGCGUUCGCAGAAAACACUUCACUGUGCUUUUUGAUUGUGUUUACUGGAUUGACAGAUAUAAUUUUUGAAUCCAUUUUUUUAAACAGGGCCGUGACUAAGGCGUCCCUUAGAACUGAAGAUGUUAAGUGUGUCUUUGUGGUGUCCGUUAUGUUAUAGUGUGCAGACUUGGUCCAAACUAGACAAUGGUAGAGGAAGAUAAGACUGAAAAAGACAAACAGGAGGAAACCCUGAGUGUUAAGACCAGAGAAAUUCCACUUAAUUUUUCUUUUGUGUUGUUUUGUCACCUUGAAGUUUCAUUCCAUUCCCAAAUAUCGCUCUAAAAGCACCUUCUGUAUUUGUGAUUAUAAUCAAUGAAGUGAUGCAUUUACUUGCCCGGAUGUCUGAUAAUUGGCUUAACAACUGUGAUUGACCCCAUAUGGUUUCAUAAUGUACUUUCCUUCAUUCGAAGAUAAAUGAUCGCACCGGUUUCUCUAGUUGCAAGGUACUGGUGUAAAGUUGAUCUAGAAAGUUCCAAUAGAAAUGACACAUGAUCACCUGAUCAUCUGUUCCUGCCCGUGUAAAGGACUUCAGCUGUGGUGCUGAAGUCAACGAGCCCUUUCCAGCUCCACUGAGCCAGUUAGAUUGAUAUAUGACGCUUCAGCCCUCAGCGGUGAACACUUUCAACUUUUCCAAGCAUUAAGACCAGGCAGAUGGUAGAAUCACUCACCUGUCUGUCAUUCCAUGGUAACAGGGUUCUUGAUGGAAACUGUUAUUAUUUCAGAUCCAUGAUAUUCCGAAUGAUGAAUUGCGGAUUUCUAUUACAGCUUGCUGUGGGCUUCAUCUUAAGAUAUUCCAUGAAAUGCUGACGGAUUUGCUUGAGUAUUGUGUGAGUCAACUAACCCUUUCAACAUGAGACACUGUGCCAAUAGAAGCCUCUCAGGGGCAGGAUCCUUCUUCAGAGGUGGGAAAGUGCCUCAUCACGUUCCUGUAGCUUCAAGCAUAUUCCCGCCUGCUCUUUUGUAGCCCACGUUCUCCCGAUCCAUUGGGACAUUGUGGCCUGUACGGCGUAUGAUAAUCUGUAAUGGAACCCAAGUGGUUGCUUUUCUGUGCUUUUGGUUUGUUUUCAAACUAUUUUUUCCUUCUUUGCUUACAUACCAUAUAAAACCAUCCUGGAGGAAGCACCAGACUUCAGGACAAGUCCCUCAAAACCCAAGCUCUUAAUGUACGCAGAGCAAUCUAGUUCUUCUGGUCAAGAAGGGAAGACACGUAUCUGGGGCUCACUUCAUUCUUUGGUUGAAUGUGACAUUGAAACGGCCUGCUUGGAUAAGCGAAAGGACAAAGACUGAAAAGUAAAGGAUUCCACUCUCCAAAAAAAA